CAAUUAUUUGCGCACAUGGCACCAAAAAGAGAACCAUCCAUCAAGAAAUCUCCUUCAGGAGGGACGCUACCAAGACUUGGACCUCCAUUCCCUUGUCCUACCACCACACCAGCGCCUCCUAAGCCAGCUCCAGAGCUCAAGCCUCGGCUCCUGCGCCCCUCGGAUUCUCCGUUUGACCCCAGCACACUGGAGAUUGAGUUUAACUUGGAUCAGAUUCAUGAAUUCAAAGAGGCCUUUCUCCUGUUUGACCGGACGGGUGAUGGGAAGAUCAGCUAUAGUCAGUGUGGGGAUGUGAUGCGGGCUCUCGGCCAGAACCCUGUCAAUGCUGAAGUGCUUAAGGUUCUAGGCAACCCAAAAGCUGAGGAGAUGAACUAUAAAAUGCUGGACUUCGAGCAGUUCCUGCCCAUGUUCCAAGCCAUUGCUAAAAAUAAAGACCAGGGCUCCUUUGAGGACUUUGUAGAGGGGCUGCGGGUCUUCGACAAAGAGGGCAACGGAACAGUCAUGGGUGCUGAGCUGCGCCAUGUUCUCACCACACUGGGGGAAAAGAUGACAGAGGAUGAGGUAGAAACGCUUCUGGCUGGACACGAGGAUGCCAAUGGCUGCAUCAAUUAUGAAGCUUUCGUUCGUCACAUCAUGUCUGGCUGAGAGCUGUCUUGGGAGUACGUCCUCCUUCUACAGUCAACACAACUUGUGCGGAUGGUCAUGAAUGGUUGAAGAUAAAGAAAACAACAAGUUGUCUGUCUCAUUUAUGUGUGUGUGUUCUGUUACACAUCUUUCUCCAUUCCUUUUUGUUCAUUCAUUCCUCCUCUUUUGCUUAUCCAUUCCGGUCCUCCUCCCCCCAUUUGCACUCAUUUGGUUUUUAUUUUCAGAAGUGCCUUUAUCUCCCCCUGUUAAGAUCCCACAUGACCUCCUCACUAGUCUCCACACUGUCCAGUGACAUUAAAAACCCUGUAGCUGCAUGAAGGAUGGCUCUUGUGUGCUGGCACUAUCUGCAAUAAAACCUCUUGAUGCAGCACUUUGUCAUGUUGUAACACCACCAGUAUAUCCCGUCAGUCCUCAGGCCCUUCAGAGUUGGACAGUACUUUAGCAGGACAGCUGCAACAAAGCAACCUCACUUUACGUACACAUAACAAUAACAGACAGUGUUAUGCAGAAAACCUUAACAUCCAAACUAAACAAUUAUGUUUCAGAAGUGCACCAUUUUCAGUUUUAGUUCUCCUUUUUAUGUUUGGACCUCAAAAUAAAAAUGUUUUAAAAUGA